AUGACUCCGAAACCUAACACUUCCAACCCAAACGUCGGGCUUCCACUUCUCAGCAAGGAUUCUCCGGAUAUUGAGAGUCUCCUCAUCCUUAACCCAAAAGUCCAAAGCAAGGCCAACGCGGUACCAAGUGCUGUCACCAAGAAGAAUAAGCACAAUUGGAAGAGAAACGAGGAGAAAGGAUGCGGAGCGUCUUGUGGAGAAUCCAAACUGAAAAAUGAUUUUCGUGACAUCAAGCACACAACUCUCAGUGAGCGCGGAGCUCUGAAAGAGGCUAUGAGAUGCCUCAAAUGUGCCGAUGCACCAUGCCAAAAAAGUUGCCCAACUCAACUCGACAUCAAGAGCUUCAUCACUAGCAUCUCCAACAAGAAUUACUAUGGAGCUGCUCGUGCCAUUCUCUCUGAUAACCCACUUGGACUCACUUGUGGAAUGAUCUGCCCAACUUCUGAUCUUUGUGUCGGAUCGUGUAAUUUGCAAGCCAGUGAGGAAGGUGCCAUCAACAUCGGAGGACUUCAACAAUACGCUUGUGAUGUGUUCAAACAAAUGAAUGUUCGUCAAAUCGUUUCAAAGGAAGUCCGUGAAAACCGCAACGCUUCCCACAAAGAGCAAAUUGCUCUUAUUGGUUGUGGACCAGCCAGUAUUUCCUGUGCCUCGUUCCUGGCUCGCCUCGGAUACACUGACAUCACUAUUUACGAGAAGAGAGCAUAUAUUGGAGGACUCUCAUCUGCCGAGAUUCCACAAUUCCGUCUUCCAUAUGAUGUUGUAGACUUUGAAAUCCAAUUGGCCAGAGAUGUUGGAGUCAAAAUCGAAACUAACAGAUCUCUCUGCAAAGAGGAUAUCACUCUCGACAAGCUGAAAUCUCAAGGAGCUGCUGCCGUCUUCAUCGGAAUCGGAAAUCCAGAGCCAAAGAUUGACCCACUUUUUGAAGGGUUGACUAUUGAAAAUGGUUUCUACACUUCCAAGAAUUAUCUUCCAGCUGUGGCUGCUGCCAGUAAACCAGGAAUGUGUGGAUGCAAGCGUACCCCACUUCCAACAAUGAGAGGUCGUGUAGUUGUUUUGGGAGCUGGAGACACUGCUAUGGAUUGUGCCACAUCUGCUCUCCGUUGUGGAGCUUCUCGUGUCACCAUCGCUUUCCGUAAAGGAUUCACCGGAAUUCGUGCUGUUCCAGAAGAGAUGGAAGCCGCCAAGGAAGAAAAGUGCGAGUUCCUUCCGUUCUCAGCACCACGCAAGAUCAACGUUAAAGAUGGCCGUAUUGUCUCAAUCGAAUUCAACAAAACCGAACAGGACGACAACGGCAAAUGGUACGAGGAUGAGGAACAGAUUGUUAUCUUGAAAUGCGACUACGUGAUUUCCGCGUUUGGAUCCACGUUGAAAGAAGACACAGUCCUCUCCGCUCUCCAACCAUGCAAAUUGAACAAGUGGGGUGGAAUCGAAGUUGACUCGACUACUCAACAAACAUCCGAAGCUUGGGUAUUCGCCGGUGGAGAUGUCGCUGGAGUCGCUGAAACUACUGUUGAGUCUGUCAAUGACGGAAAGACCCUAAUGGAUCUAACAUUCAAAAUUCAGAUCGCCGCCUGGAACAUGCAUCGUUACAUUCAAGCAAAACACGGAAACGUUUUGGGUGAGACCCCGGAGCUUCCAAAGUUCUUCACUCCAAUCGACGAAGUUGACAUCUCCGUUGAUAUGUGCGGUGUGAAGUUUGAGAAUCCAUUCGGACUCGCUUCUGCUCCACCAACCACUUCUGGUCCAAUGUGCCGUCGUGCUUUUGAGCAAGGAUGGGGAUUCAUUCUUACCAAGACUUACGGAUUGGACAAGGAUCUUGUCACCAACGUCUCUCCACGUAUCGUCCGCGGAUCGACCAGUGGACCAUUGUACGGACCAAAUCAAGGAUCCUUCAUGAAUAUUGAAUUGAUUUCUGAGAAGUCUUGUGAGUACUGGCUUCAGUGCAUCCGUGAGCUUAAGCGUGACCAUCCAACAAAGAUUGUGGUUGCUUCUAUUAUGUGCGUCUACAACAAAGAAGACUGGAUUGAGCUUGCCACUAAGAGUGAGGCUGCUGGAGCAGAUAUCCUUGAGCUCAAUCUUUCCUGUCCUCACGGUAUGGGAGAAAAGGGUAUGGGAUUGGCUUGUGGACAGAGUCCGGAAAUUGUCAAGGAGAUUUGUAGAUGGGUUCGCGCUUGUGUCAAGAUUCCAUUCUUCCCAAAGAUGACUCCAAACAUCACAGACGUUCGUGAAAUUGCUCGUGCUGCUAGAGAUGGAGGAGCUUCUGGAGUCACCGCCACCAACACGGUUUCCUCUUUGAUGCAUAUGAAGGCUGAUGGAAAUGCUUGGCCAGCAAUUGGAAACACCAAGAGAACCACCUACGGAGGAAUGUCCGGAUCUGCUAUCCGCCCUAUCGCCAUGAAGGCUGUGUCUUCAAUUGCCAACGAGCUUGACGGAUUCCCAAUCAUGGCUACCGGAGGAAUCGAGAGUGCAGAGACUGGACUUGGGUUCUUGAUGGCUGGAGCAUCGGUACUCCAAGUGUGCUCGGCAGUUCAGAAUCAAGACUUCACAGUCGUCGAAGACUACUGCACUGGACUCAAGGCACUUCUCUAUUUAUCAGGAGCUGAGUCUCUUAAGGAAUGGGAUGGACAAUCUCCACCUGUCGAGAAGCACCAGAAGGGAAAACCAAUCCUUCUCCAAGGACAGAAGAAUAUGCCAUUCUUCGGAAAAUUCAGAGAUGAGCGUGAGAAGCUUGAGGCUCUCAAGCUUUCGGAAUCAAACCUUCUUGACACUGACAACUAUCACUUUGCUUCAAGACCUGAUACUCAAGUCGCUCGAGUACCAACUGUUGAGGAUGUUAUCGAACACGAGGUUGCCAUUAUUGACCAUGAUAUGUGCAUCAACUGUGGAAAGUGUUACAUGACCUGCAACGAUUCUGGAUACCAAGCCAUCACCUUUGAUGCCGUUACCCAUCAACCACAUGUUACUGAAGAUGAUUGUACUGGAUGCACUCUGUGCUACAGUGUGUGCCCAAUUCCGGAAUGUAUUCAAAUGGUGCCAAGAAAGGGUCCAUGGAAGGCUCCAAAACGUGGAGUCAAGCCAACCGUCGAGCCAGGAACUCCAAAGGUCGUUAAGGUGGAUCAACGCGGAAGAGUCAUUCUCGAAUCUACUGGUGGUAUGCAGUAA